AUGCAAACCAACUUGACGGAUCGGCUCUCUUUAUUCUACUUCAAAGACGGUGUGGAUGAGGAUCCGCUCAGAGUCCUAAGCUCAUGGAAUGACUCUUCUCAUCAUUGUGAGUGGCAAGGUGUUGUAUGUGGUAAAUGGGAUCCCCGAAGGGUCGUGUCCCUCAAUCUAAGGUCCAAAGGCUUGGGCGGUCUUCUAUCACCUCAUGUCGGAAAUCUCUCUUUCCUAAAAAGACUCAUUCUAGAGAACAACAGCUUUCAUGGCGAAAUUCCACAAAAUAUUGGUCACUUGUUUCGCCUUCGCCGUCUCCGUCUUAGUAACAACUCUUUCAGCGGACAAAUACCCACCAAUCUUUCUCAAUGCUCAAACCUUGAGGGAUUGAGUCUCAUCAAUAACCAACUUGUGGGCAAAAUUCCCGAUAAUCUCGACUCUUUGUCAAAGCUUCAAGUUAUAGGUUUGGGUAAAAAUAGUCUUACGGGAUCUAUUCCUCAUUCUAUUGGAAAUCUCUCUCAACUUCGUACUCUUUCCAUCGUAUUCAAUGGGUUGCAAGGAGAGAUUCCCCAAACAUUAUCCAAGCUUCAUGGUUUGGAGUUUUUUGAAGUGGAUUAUAACCAACUCACUGGCGAGAUCCCUCUAGCAAUGUUCAACAUCUCCAGCAUUUCCUUUUUCACCACCAGUGUCAAUCAUUUGAGAGGGAGCAUUCCCUCUUAUAUCGGCAAUACUCUUCCUUCUCUCAUUUUUCUAAGUCUUAGGAGCAAUUUGUUCACUGGUGUUAUACCUCCAUCCUUAUCGAAUGCCUCCUACCUUCAGUACGUCUACUUUUAUGGUAACACUUUUCAUGGACCGGUGCCCGCAAAUCUUGGAAGGUUAAAAGCUCUUGAAGCAAUAGAUCUUUCUUUUAACAUGUUGCAAGAUGACUUCAGCUUCAUUACCUCAUUGACUAACUGUUCAAGGCUGGAAGUUAUUGAAGUGGACCUCAAUUUUCUUGAAGGUCCAUUGCCAGAUUCAAUUGGAAAUCUUUCUAACAGCGUUAGAUAUAUUUCCAUGUCGUACAACCCAAUGUCCGGAACCAUUCCUCCAGGUAUUGGCAAUCUCAUCAACUUGUCCUAUCUUGAAUUAGUAAACAAUUCGCUCGGUGGCCACAUUCCUUCUUCUAUUGGAGCACUCCAUAACUUGCACGAGUUGUACUUAGUGAAUAACAUGCUAAUGGGAGAGAUCCCAUCAUCGAUUGGCAAUUUGACGUUAUUGAAUCGCCUUCACCUAGAGUUCAAUGACUUCUACGGAGAAAUACCACAGAGUCUUGGUAACUGCAUGCAGCUAAUCGAGCUUGAGCUUUCGAACAAUAAUCUAAGUGGCUCAAUCCCAGGGGAGGUUCUUAGUCUUUCUACCAUUUCGAUUAUCUUCAGCUUGGCACAUAACCAGUUGAGUGGAUCUCUUCCACCUCAAGUUGGGUCCUUGGUCAAUCUUGUCGAACUGGAUCUAUCUUACAAUAAGUUGACAGGAUCAAUUCCUAGCUCCAUAAGUAAGUGCUUGCUCUUGGGGCGACUCAGCUUAGCAGUCAAUUCAUUUCAUGGCGAAAUUCCUCAAGCAUUAAGCACAUUACGAGGCUUACAAGAGUUGGAUGUUUCCCAUAACGACUUCUUUGGUAAAAUCCCGAGCUUUCUCGCUCAACUUACAGAUCUAAAGUACUUGAAUCUAUCUUCAAACAAGCUCAAAGGAGAAGUUCCAAAGCAAGGAGUAUUUCUCAAUGCAAGUGCAAUAUCCAUCUUUGAGAAUAGGAAUCUUUGUGGAGGUGUUGCAGAAUUAAAUCUUCCUUCUUGCGAAUCAUAUACCUCUAAACCAUUUUGGACCAAAAAAGUUAUAGCAGUCACCAUAGUGGCAACCAUCUUGUCAAGCUUCAUUAUGUGUCUUUGCUUGUUUAUCAUUUGGUACAAGACAAAGACGUUGAAAAAGAAUACCUCUUCAACUGAAUUGUCAUUUGAACACCAAUUUUCGAGGGUCUCUUAUGCGGAGCUCUUUAGAGCCACGGAUGGAUUCUCUAAUAACAAUGUGAUUGGUAAAGGGAGAUAUGGUACUGUCUAUAAAGGAACUACACAGAAAGGCAGUUGGGUGGCGAUUAAGGUGCUAAACUUGGGCCACGGAGGUGCCUUGAAGAGCUUCAUCUCAGAAUGUCAAACCUUAGGGGCCAUAAGACACCGAAAUCUCAUGAAGAUACUGAACGUGUGCUCCAGCGUGGACUAUCAAGGCAACGAUUUCAAAGCUCUAUUAUACCAAUACAUGGCUAAUGGGAGCUUAGAGAAAUGGAUACACCAAGGAAACAAAGAGGACAUUGAGCAUGAACAUGACCAUGUAAAGCCAGGACAUUUGACACUAAUGCAAAGGUUAGACAUUGCCAUUGACAUCGCUUCCGCAAUCGAAUAUCUUCACAAGGAUUGUAGCCCAAAGGUUGUACAUGGAGAUUUGAAGCCGAGCAACAUCCUUCUGGACAACGAGAUGAUGGGGCGAGUUGGAGACUUCGGGCUAGCAAAGAUCAACUCCGCUGCGACAACAGAAGCCAUGGACAUUGACCAUUGUAGCAGCUCGGUGGCGGUGAGGGGUUCCAUAGGCUAUGUCCCUCCAGAGUAUGGCAUGGGGGACAUGGUAUCGACACAAGGCGAUAUGUAUAGCUAUGGCAUUCUUUUAUUGGAAAUGUUCACUGGGAGAAGACCCAUAGAAGAGGCUUUCAAGGACCAUUUGAAUCUCCACACCUUUGUCAAGGUGGCUUUGCCAGACCAAGUGAUGGAGGUUGUUGACUCAAUCAUUUUAAACGGAGAAAACAAGAAUGACAUUGAGAGGAUGAGAGAUUGUGUCGUCUCCAUCCUAAGGAUUGGAGUUGCGUGUUCGGUGGAGUCGCCACGAGAUCGGAUGGACAUGGCUGAAGUACUCAAGGAACUGCAUAACAUCAAGGCUACGUAUGGAGCUAAGUAG